GUGGCAUGUAAUGUAUAAAGUAAUUGUGAUGAAGAAGGCAGUGAAUUGACGAGGAGGAGGGACAAAUUGUCCUUGUUAAGCAGUGUAUUUAUGGGUUUAUUGAUUUUGAUAUUUUGAGCAUUGUUUUUUUUUAUUUAGCUGAAUACUUAUGUGGAUACUUACCUAUUAUGUUUGACUGUACCUGUUGAACAACUAUGAAAGAAAAGUUAAUAUUAUUUUAAUGUUUAAAAACAGAUUUAUUUAUAUCACCAGAGAAAAAGCUUACUGUGGGCGUUUUUUAUAUCUCCCCUUUUCAAGGUGCAAGUAAGCAAACUGUAGCAGUCAUAGUCCUGUCAGACCCAUUUCACUAUCAAGCUUUCCACUGUCUUUUCCCCCUGGUAUUAUAAAAGUAUUUCUGAUUCAUUAGCAAGUCUACUGUUGUGUAUUUUAACAACAAAGUUUUGACUUAUCUUAUGUGUUCCGAAUGUGUUUUUUUAUACUUUACUAGUAUCACUCAUUUAAACGGGAAGCUUUUUAUAUCUUGUAUGUUCUACCUAUUGUACCGUUCUGUCAAUACAUUCAUCGUUUUCAUUGUUAGCAAACAAACCACAUCCAUCCCCCACACUUUUGAAAAGCUUGCUACGCCCCUGCCUAUGAACACAUUGGUUUCUCUUUUACAGCCUGAUAUAAACGCACCAUCGGCAACACCAGUAAACAUGUGGUUUUGUUACUAUAGUGUCUGUCCUGUCAGUCGGUACAUCGUCGGUCGGUUCUAUGUGAAGAAGGGAGUGAACUCAACGAGUUGAUCAAAAUCUUUACCAAAUCAUAAUAAUCAUCAUCUGGAUUUAUAAAUGUACACCACGAUGAUGGAACUGUUGAAGUUUUUUAUCAUCUUGUUACGUUUAAACUGUGUGUUUGGUGAGUCUGUGUACGUGCUGGAGGGAAAUCCUGUCUGUCUCCACACUAAUGUUACUGACACACAGGAAGUUUAUCUGAUGUGGUCGUUCAGAAGUUCUAUUAUCGCUAAAUUGGAUGGAGCGACUCAGGAAAUCUCACUGUAUGAUGUUGAUGAAGGGAUAUUUGAAGACAGACUGCAGUUGGACAACCGGACUGGAUCUCUCACCAUCAAUGACAUCAGAACCAAACACUCUGGACUUUAUCAACUAAAGAUCAUCAGCGACCAGACAUCAAUAAAAACCUUCACUCUUACUGUACAGGAUGUAUUCUUUGCUGGUCUAGAAAACAAGAGAGAAGGAGAUUCAGUGACUCUAAACACUGGAUGGACAGAAAUGAACAAACACAAUCUAUUGGUGUGGAUGUUUGGACCUUUAAAUCCUGACGUUCAUCUUGCAGAAAUCAGAAUAAACACUUAUAACAUCACGUAUGGUUUUGAUGAGAGAUACACAGACAGAGUUCAUCUGAAUCAUGAGUCUGGAUCUCUGACCAUCAGAGAUCUCAAACCUACAGACACGGGAGUUUAUCAACUACAGAUCACCAACAACAAAGAGACCAUAUACAGGAGAUUCAACGUGUUUGUUGGCAGCGCAGAACCGGGACCCUCCUCGGGGUUCAUAGUUCUGAUUUGUGCUGCUGUCCUGCUGCCUCUGCUGGGAAUUCUGGUUGUGUUUUACUAUCGUCAAAAAUACUCAAAUCUCAAAGAUGAAAUGAAGACCGUGUCAGUGAUGGAGGGAAAUUCUGCUAAACUAACAACUGGAAUCUCUGAAACACAAAGUGAUCAAGAGAUAAUCUGGAGGUUUGCAGCCAAAGUCAUAGCUCGGUUUCAGAAAAAAAAGGAUAAUGUUUCUUAUAGCGAUGAUGAGAGAUUCAGAAACAAACUUCAUCUGAACCCUGAGACUGGAGAUCUCACCAUCAAUGACAUAAAAAUCCCAAUCUCUGGAGAUUAUCAUCUGGUGAUCACCAACAGAACCAAAAUCUCCAAAUCUAAGAGGUUCAAGGUUGUUGUGCGAGUGGACACACUGAAGGUCACAGAAGGAGAGACUGUCAUACUACAGACCGGCGUUUCUCAACUACAGAACGAUGAGAAGAUCCGGUGGAGAUAUGGACCUAAAGAAACCAUCAUAGCUGCAAUCGAUGGAAGAAACAAAGAGAAGUCAUUCAACACUAAUGAUGAAGAAUUCAAACGCAGAAUUCAUCUGAAUGAUCAGACAGGAUCUCUCACCAUCACAAACAUUAAAGUUAGAGACGCUGGAGGAUACGAGCUACACAUCAAGAGCAGAAACACAACAUCAUAUAAGAGGUUCAAUGUUCUCGUCUGGUUUAACACAUUAAAACACACAGCGGGCGAUUCUGUUACUUUAAAAACUGAGAUCAGCGAGCUGCAGGCUGACGCUCGGAUUCUGUGGACGUUUGGAGAUAAAAACACCACCAUCGCUGAAAUCAACCGAGCCAGUGGUCACGUGUCUGUGUAUGACGGUAAUGACGAGAGAUUCAGAGACCGACUGAAACUGAACGAAGAGAAAGGAGAUCUGACCAUCACAAACAUCAGCAGAGGACAUUCAGAGUUCUACAAUCUACAGAUCACAACCAGCGCGGAGAACGUGUGCAAGAGAUUCAUGCUCAUCGCAAACGAGAAACUGGAGUCAGUGAUGGAGGGAGAUUCAGUGACACUACAACCUGAUGAUGCUGACAUACAGAGAGUUCAUGUGAUGAUGCUGUGGAUGUUUGGACCGGAUGAUAAUCUCAUAGCUAAGGCUGAUAAAAGACAGAAGAUUCUUUAUGAUGGUGCUGACGGGAGAUUUAAAGGGAAACUAGAUCUUAACAAGGAUAGCGGAUCUCUCACCAUCUCAAACAUCAACACUAAACACGCUGGACUUUAUAAACUACAGAUCAUCAGCAACACACAGACCAAAUACAAGAGAUUCACUGUUACUGUUACUGUUCGAGGUAGUAGAGAGAGAGACUGCUCUCAAGAUUCACAGACUGAAUUCUUUUAUCUCCAGUAUAAACCUCACAUCAGCAAUAGUAUGUGUUUUCUUUGUUAUGCCAACACUAUUAGAAAUGAAUAAAUCGAGCAUUAUUUGUUGUUUUCUAAACAUUUAAGGCUUUGUUCACACUGCACAGAAUCUGAUGUUUCAGAUAGUGUUCAUUCAGCAAAAUGUGAAAAGGUUAGGCCGUGUUCACACUUCUUUUUUGAAGCUGCUAGUGUCUGUUUUACAUUAUAAUCCUAUGGAGUCAACCGUGUUUUUAAGUGUUUUAUCUUGAAUACCUAUGAGUAGUAUUGAACACUUUGUAUUUUCGAAAGUAUUUCGUUUGAUCACAUUUGAAAAUCACUGAAAAAAAGACAGCUUUACGAUUGUUUCUGAAAACAUACAGCGCAUGCGUGUGGAGGGGUAGGCUGAACCAAAGCACGUGCGCACCCAUUGGCAAAGAAACACAGACAUCAGUUUCACUCACUGCAUGUGGUUCAUGUCCGGCAUCUUUUACAGGGUGUCCGCGGAGCCUUAAAAUGUCUUAAAUUCCAUAAUGUCCUAAAGGCCUUAAUUAGCAUUAAAAUGUCUUAAAUCUGCGUUUCCAAGGUCUUAGAAAUGCAGUCGAACCGGCAUCGUAAAGAAGAUUUUAUUGUCGUUUAAAAUCAUAUUAGUCUAUUUGUCACGCAGAACAAAAUAGGCGGAACCAAAUAACACGUUCACAGGGGUUCGUUGGUUGAGUGGACUGGACAUUAUCACAUGAGCUGUGUCCCAAUUCAGGGGCACAUCCUUUAAGGGCGCGGACUCAAAAACGAGGACUUGGUUUCAAAGCACGCUGCCUCAAAAGUCCAAGAAGCAAACUGAAAUGAGAUUUCCUAUUUGAAUGAUAUUUUCUUUUGAGAAUAUGACACGUUUAUGUACAUUAAUACAGCCCAACAGUAUAUAAUGAAUCAACCUUAAAAAUUCUAAAAACAUAAUACUGCACCAAUAAUUGUAAUUAUCAACAUCAAAGAUAAUUUUACAAUACUGAAAUUGACCGUUUUUGUGAAUUACAUACUUUUAUUUAACUAAAGUUUUGAUAGAUUAUUAAAAAAUUUCAAGCCUUUAAAGGCACGCAAUGAAUCUCGUGAGAGCCAAAGCUGUGAAGGAUACAUUCGUUCUAUGCUUAAAAACCCACAGUAAUUAGGUUGCAUUUUGGGCUGCUUUUGAAGCAACCUUUAUAUCGGGACAGCAUUACCAGCGUUCAGUCACGCUGCUGUGACGUAAUCUGCCUUAAAAUUCAGCCUUCAAAGAACUCAGCCCCUGAAUUGGGACACAGCCAUGGAGAAAAGUUUGAGCAUCAGCUAGCCAUGGGGAAGUGCAAAUUUGUUGCUUUGAAAUUGGUCUUAAAUUUCAUUCUGCAAGGUAUUAAAAAGGUCAUAUAAAGUCUUAAAUCGCUGGGACGGCUCCAUAUCAGUUUCAAACAAUCACCAAAUCCGGCGUGUAUCUAAGCUGCCUUCGUGCACAAAUGCUAUUGAACAUCGCCGCAUGCUAUUUGUAACCACAAAGCUGCAAGCUUUUUUUACUAAAAACUUUUUACUUUUUUUCUUGUCGAAAAAGAAGUCAAGAGUGAAUAUGGCCUUAUACUGCAUUCUGUCAUUAUUAACUUAUCUUAAUAACAUUAUAUGAAUGAGUGUUGGGAUUGUAUGCAUUUUUCAGUGGAAAGGGACUUUAUUGCUAUUGUCCGAAUAUUUUUUGUACAAUGUAUAUUUCCAGAAGCCUAUAUUGAUGAUAUUUGUCACUGCAUGUUUUGUAUUAAUGAUCACUAAGUUUAGUACUGAAAUGGUUCUCACAAACUCAUUUACAAACUCAUUGACUUAUUUGAUACUUUUUCUGAUAAUAACAUGAACAUAACUUGCACCGUAUGCAUUAUUAUUACAGUUAUAAUACAAUACACAUGGCACAGUGUAGACACAUUGCACAAUGUAAUGCAUAAUAUGCACAAUUUUUCAAAAUAUUUGUACACAAAAUACAGAUGGUGCUCAGAAGCAGGUCAGUGUUCAGUGAAACGUGUGAGGAAACGUUCUCAGAUCAGUGUCUGUAUCAGGUGCAAUAAAUGUACUAUUUAUACUAUUAAUACAUUUACUGAUCUGGACACGUGUGCAUGUUGUUUAUUAUUAUUACUUAAUAUAUGUGUUA